AUGGCUUCUCGUCUCGCAAGGACUGCGGCAGGUGUCGCCCGGGCCCGACCUGUCUACCCUAUGCGAACCCUACCUGCCCUUGCACAGUUCUCGACCUCAUCUCGUUUCAACAGCAACGUGCCAGCUGAGGAACCUAAGAAAAAGGCGCAGUCUAUCGUAGAUGCACUACCAGGUAACAGCUUGAUUUCAAAGGCCGCCAUUCUCUCCUCCGGUACCGCAUUGUCGAUCGCAGCCAUCAGCAACGAGCUCUACGUUGUCAAUGAGGAGACUAUCAUUGCUUUCAGUCUUCUCACCAUUCUCUGGGCUGUUGGACACUACGGUGGGCCCGCGUAUGGACAAUGGGCGCAAGAACAAAGCGAUAAGAUCAAGAACAUCUUGAACACCGCUCGGGAAGACCACACGUCCGCCGUUAAGCAACGCAUUUCCAGCGUUCAGGACCUCGGAGGAGUCAUCGACAUUACUAAGAAUCUCUUCGAGGUUUCCAAGGAAACCGCGAAGCUUGAGGCUCAAGCUUACGAGCUCGAACAAAGGACGGCUGUCGCCACCGAGGCAAAGACUGUUUUGGACUCAUGGGUGCGCUAUGAGGGUCAAGUCAAGGCCCGUCAACAAAAGGAACUCGCCGAGAGCAUCAUUGCAAAGAUCGAGAAGGAGCUUGAGAACCCCAAGACUCUCAAGCAGAUCCUUGACCAGAGUGUUGCCGAUGUUGAAAGAAUCGUUUCUCAAAAGGCAGCGUAAAGCGGUGAGGAUAGACAAUGGUGGAUGCCAUAACUGUUAAAUAAGAUGUGCAAAUAGGAGCCUUUCUUUUGUUGUCACUCGUACUACUCGUAUAGAGCCUCCGCAUCUUGUAUUAGCCUCAUAGAUGCAACAAGUGACUACUUACAGCUGCGAAGUGCCACUUGAAAUAUCUACCGAUAAUCAAUUCUACGCCUAGGCUUUUAUGACAUUACAAGCGCGAUGUAACCUCGGGAAGCAGGAG